AUGUGCAAAGCUAAUUACGGGGUUUUGUACAAUGAAGUGGAACGUAUGAUGGUAUUACUGCACGAGAGUCUUGAAGGAACAGUCAACGUGUAUACGAUGGAUCUUCGUGGAGUUGGACGCAGCACCCUACUGGAUUGCGUAGCAACAAAAGCCAUGACCAGUGGGUCUCUCUACGGCCGAUUGAUCCAUCCCUUGGAGGUUUCGUCCUGUGCUAGAGAACUACACCGUAAGUAUGGCGACCUAGCUUCGUUUUCGACCACAAGCGCUGCCAUUGACGUUUCGACCUUCAUCUCCGAGUACGCAAAUGGCAUGAGAACUACCGUGUACGGCGUGAGCUACGGAACUCUGGUGGUCCAACGUCUGAUGCAUUUCAAUCCGUCAAAUGUGACUGGAUACGUGCUGGAUGGCAUCGUGACCACUACAGGAGCGCCUGGUGAUAGGGCUUACUUAACAAGUUGGGACGCUGACUUUGAUGACGUGUGCAGGCGUUUCAUGAAGCGAUGUGCGCAAGACAGCGAGUGUGACUCUCACUUUAAAACCACCGACUUGUCUGCUACGCUUCAUAAUGUGCUCUCGAUGUUUGACACCAACCCCAACUCGACGUGUGCCACCCUGAUACGUAACUCGACAGGGUGUGAACCGUCCGAAGGCCUUCGACGAGAGCUGGGCAUGCUUUUGGAGAAAUCUGCCACACGGUCUCUGAUCCCACCGCUGGUAUACAGACUCAGUCGUUGCGGUUGGAACGACCUCAAAGUCUUGACGCGCUACUUCGAAGCCAUCAGCACUAUCCCACCAAGUAUUUACAAAGAUACGUCGGAGUUGAUCUACAAUAUGGUCACUUUCUCCGAGCUGUGGGAGAUACGUACACCUUCCUACGCCGAAUUGGAAAAACGAUUUACUGACGCGAGCAUAUCGAGCGGAGCUCUAUACGAGUUUCUUUCCUUAUAUUGCGCAUUCUCAAAAGAAGAAUCGCCAGCAUGUGAUGGAUUUGAACUUGACAACUACGAAGCGAAUGGCAUCAUGUACCUGCGUGACCAGUACUAUGCCAUGACUCCUCCCGUGCCCGAUCAUGCCAGCGUGCUCUUGAUGAAUGACAAUCUUGACCCUGUAACUCACCCAAGAUACGCCAUGUCUUUGUAUAAGGCACUUAACACUACCAGGAAGGAACUCGUUCUAUUCGACUACGCAUCGCAUGGUGUUGUAAAUUCGACCGUGUUUGGAGAUGGCGUGAGGACUUGCGGUAUGGAGCUGCUAGUAUCGUACGUUGCCGGAAACGGCGCCCUUGAACGCUUGGACAAGACAUGCAUAGCUAAGAUGCCAGCGUUCGACAUGACAAUGUCGCCUGAGGACUUGAGAUUUUACUUCGGCACCGAUGACGCGUACGACAGUGUCUUGAUUCCAUCUGGGCUGAAUGGGAUCGUUGGUUCGGGGUAA